UCACGUGAUCUCAGGUAAAGCUUACAAUGUACAGUGAGAGAGUGUGAGACAUUUAACGAUUGCGAACCAUUGCACUGCGCACCGAGGUCGAAAGCAGCCAUUUUGUCCUCGGUCAACGCUCGUAGCUAGAAGCGUCGCAUUCAACGAGAUUUUUUAGCACCUCACUGCACGCGUCGCAUUAUAUGGAGAUAAGAUUGUCGUGAGAGGGAAAAUACAAAAUGGCUUCGAAACGAACCCAGCUGAUAACUGCCGUGGCUUUCCUUAUCUUGUGUCAAGUGUGGACUGGUGGCCUGUCUCAGACCCAGAACCCGGCUUCACUGACCCUCCUGACAUGGUCAGUUAAGAACGCCUCCGUCCAUCGGCUGGCCACAGCGAUCGGUGACCCCUCCGUGUGGAGCGCAGGCGGGUCGACCCCGCUCAUUAUGACGAUCAACCUUCCGGAGAACGGUUUUGUUACUCAUUUCAGCUUCGACUACGUGGACGAGAAGGGAUUCUACGUGGACAUCGGUGGCUACGACAUCGGCAGACAUGUCGGCCAUAUUCCGAUCACUCAGGCGAACCUCAUGAAUCCAGAUUUAUUAAGUGCCCCUCUUGUGGACUAUAUAGGUAUGUCCGAAGACGUGGGCGGCUUAGCUGUGGACUGGAUAGCCAACAACGUCUACUGGACCGACUCUGUCUAUAACUGGAUAGCAAUGGCUCCUAUGGCCAAACCGUCCGAAGAAGUCCACGGAAGUAACAAAACGGCUGUGGUGAUUUCAAAUAAUUCGCCACGGGAAUUCGGAGGAAUUGCGGUCUACCCUCAGAAAGGGUACAUGUACUGGGCCUCAUACAACUCCAGCGGGACGAUAGAGCGAGCUACGUUGUCUGGGGCGGAGCGUAUCACGCUGGCCAAAUUUAACAUCACGAAGCCUCGAGGGCUAACGUUGGAUUACGCCACGGAGCAGCUGUACUGGGUUGACGCCGCCCGGGGGACGGUGGAAGCCAUGAAGAUCGACGGAAGCGCAAGACGCACCGUGUAUAGUGAGCCUGGCUCGAAGCUGUAUGACAUCGCCGCUUACAAGCAAUUUCUCUAUGUCACGGACCAGAACUCCAACGUCACCAUAGUUCUGAGAAACGAUUCAGUUAACCCAAGUGCUUACGUCAUGAAGUUGAACACCUCCGUCACGCCCUACGCCAUUGGAGUGUACGCCCCGGAUGUCCAACAGGCAGGAACUUCGAGCUGCCCCCAAAGAGGUUGUGAUCACAUGUGUGUCUCCCAGCCCAUGGGCGCCACCAGGUGUCUCUGUGCAGUCGGCUGGACGCAAAAUGGCACCAGCUGUACCGCAAACUCGACCAUAAUUAAACCCAAUUUCUUCUACUCUGGAGGGAGCUACAUACAGACGUAUCCAUUCAAUUUUGCGGACCGUUUACCGGCCGAUAUCUCCUACCACAGCCAGAAUGACAUCAUACAGGGAAGCAUAUUCUCUUACCAUAACUUCCAAGCUCUCGGAUUAGAUGUGAAGGGAAGCAAGCUUUUCCUUGGGGACACGUCGUACCGGUCCAUUUACACCCUCAAUCUGAUCAGACCUGAGUCUGACCUCAUCCAAAUAAUCGCUGGAGUGAAUGGGGUCGGAGGUCUGGCAAUCGACUGGCUCAACUCUCACAUCUACUGGACGGAGAAAGUUUACAAAACUCUACAGGUUGCCAAACUUGACGGUGGGCGGCAGACGAUAUUAAAGACUAAUCUCUCCUCUCCUGGUUCCGUUGUUGUUGAUCCCUUGAGAGGUCUAAUGUACUGGGUAGAGACCUACGAUCUAACGUACAGCACCAUCUGGAAGGCAAACAUGGACGGUAGCGGCCAAAGUGUCUUUUAUAAUACUUCACUGGGCAGGGUGAAUGAUAUCCAUUUCGAUUUCUCGGAUCAAAGAAUGUAUUGGACAGAUGGUACUACAGAUACGAUCAUGUCGGCGGAUGUGAACGGAAACAAUGUAACACUUAUCUAUAACACCACAAGGAAGGAAUUAUUCGGGGUGACCACAUUUAAGAACUACGUGAUCUUCAAUGACAGAUACAGUGGUGCAAUGGGCAUCCACGCCGUGACCAAGACUGGACAAACUUUGGUGAAGGGAAUUGUGAGAAGCGGAUCUUAUCAUGACGCUCUUGACGUCAUCACCUAUGACGACAGCGUGCAGCCACCUAGCGGCAAUGUUAGAUUACCAUGUAGCUUGGCUAAUGGCGGCUGUGACCAUCUGUGCUUGCCGACACCUAUCCUCGGUUUCAAGUGCGCAUGCUCUGUGGGUUUUAGCCUUACCGGAUCAACAUCUUGUACAACAACCUUGUUACAAGACAAUUUUGUCUUGCUGACCGACCCAGGAAGAAAGGAAAUUUUUCAGAUCGCAUUGGAUGGGUCUUCUUACAACGCAGUCAAACUGGGAUCAGAUCACGACUACCCGAGGGCUGUGAUAUUUGAUUCCGCCGAAAGCAAGAUCCUUUGGAUGGAUACAGACGUCAUAAAGAGUGUGGGGCUAGACGGAUCAGCUGAAGAAACUCUGUACGAAUUCCCGCAAGCGGCCAUUUUACAGCGUAUGGCCCUCGAUGUAUCCAACAGACUGUUGUUCGUCACUGACGAUGGAAGGACACUGAUAGGAGUUCUGGACUUGGUUGGGAAAAACUUCAAAACCGUCAUAAACUCUCGACUAUACCGACCACGUGACAUAGAGAUUGAUCCUUGGGAGAAUCGUAUCUACUGGGCCGACUGGGGCGCAACUGAAAGCAUAAAUAGGGCAUACUACGACGGUAGCGAAAGAGAGGAAAUAGUGACGUCAUACCUGUAUUUCCCGUUCGGUUUAGCCAUUGAUGUUCCGGGUCGCAAAAUUAUGUGGGCAGAAGGGUGGUAUGAAGAAAUUGAGGCAUCGAACCUGGAUGGAUCAAACAGAGAUACUAUAUACAUUAAACGGAGUUCCUUUUUCCACGGCUUAGCUAUAUCCGAUAGUAACCUUUACUUCACUGAUACAUGGACAAGGUCCCUACACAAAAUACCGAUAGCUGGCGCUGCAGACAGAGCCGAUGAAGAGCUCAUUCCCGGAGUUUUGGGUUCUGCUAUUGACCUGCAUGUGGUCCAACGUGCCAAAGAAUAUAAACCCAAGGCAGUGUGUGGUAACCAUCCGUGCAGUCAUAUUUGUCUAAUCAACAAGGACAAUGGUACACAGUGCGCAUGUCCAGACGGCGCAACGCUCAAAGAUGAUGGGAUAAAUUGUGAUAACGUUGCGUCGUGCCCCAAAAGCCCUAUCAAAAACGGUCUGUGGAGUCCCGCCUGUGUGUACCGCGCCGGGUUGGUGUGUGACUUUCUAUGUGACACCGGCUACCGGANUAUGAUUGUAUUCAGCGAGAGUGUCCGUGGAAUAAGUGCGCAGUAG